AUGGACGCAUCCGCACAAGCCAGAUUUGAUCUCAUACGCGAGAAUCUCGAGGAGAUUCUUAACCCUGAAAUCGUCGAGAGCAUUCUCGCCGAGGGGCGCAACCCGCGUAUAUACUGGGGUACCGCGACCACCGGACGACCUCACACUGGAUAUUUCACCCCCGCAAUUAAGAUUGCGCAACUUUUAGCCGCAGGAUGCGAAGUCGUGAUCCUUCUCGCCGACGUACACGCAUUUCUCGAUUCUAUGAAAGCCCCUCUUGAACUGGUCGAGAACCGUGUUAAAUACUAUGAGAAAGUGAUCAGAGCGAUUCUCGAGUCGGUAGGCGUAUCGACGGAGAAACUCGAGUUUGUGCUUGGAAGUUCCUACCAGCGCAACUCAGACUAUGUCAUGGAUGUCUACCGCCUGGCAGCCUUGACUUCCGAACAUGACGCCAAGAAGGCCGGUGCUGAGAUUGUUAAACAAUCUGCCAAUGCGCCAUUGAGUGGUCUUCUCUACCCUAUCCUGCAGGUCCUCGACGAGGAGUAUCUCAAGGUCGAUGCUGAAUUAGGGGGUAUGUCGCAUCUUCCUUGUAUUGCGGCGACAGAGUGGCUACCUAAACUCGGAUAUCGAAAGCGCGCCCAUCUUGUAACACCAAUGGUUGCAGGUCUUAAUGGUGGUAAAAUGAGCUCCAGUGAUCCAGACAGCAAAAUUGACCUUCUUGACCCUCCCGAAUCUGUCGCCAAAAAGGUCCGCAAGUCUGAGGCCAUUCCCAAAGUCAUCGAAAAUAACGGCGUUAUUGCAAUCGUCGAGUUCGUCUUGCUGCCAGCAGCCAAGCUCAGCGGGAAGAAUGAGUUCCGUGUGGAACGACGAGAUGCCGAGCCCUUGAUCUAUACAGAUAUUCAAAAGCUCAAGGAUGAUUAUGUGAACGAUAUUUUGACACCACAACUCCUAAAACCUGCCGUAGCAGAAGCUUUAACCAACCUUAUGGCACCUAUUCAUCAAGCCUACCAAAACUCACCAGAAUGGCAAGAAAUAACUCUCAAGGCCUACCCUCCCCCAACCGUGCAGAAGAAGGUGAAGAAAGUGAAGGACAAGGGUUCUCGUUACCCGGGCGCCAAAAAAGAAACCGAAAUCGCAUCGCACCCAAAUCCUGAAGAGUCAAAGACAGAGACAGAGGAGCCGAAGGCUGAGGCUUAG